CCUGGGCGUAAGGAGGAAGCAAAUUGGAGGUGUUAAUUAGGUGUUUUUCUCUCUGUUAACGAAAAGUCGUGUUUCACAUUCUAUAGUUUUUCUCAGACGAGAAUUUACGCCAAGUACUAUCCAAACAAUGGAUGCAUUUGGCGACAAUUUUGUCAACGAACCUGAUGUAGAUCCAGCUGCAGAGUUCUUGGCAAGGGAGCAGGAUCAGUUAGCUGGUUUAGAAGAUGACAUUACACCGAUGGCUGUAACUCUGGCUGCAGCAGGUCAAACUGAAGAUGAGCUAUCUGGAAAAUUUGGAAAUUUGAAAGUUGGUCCAGGAGGUGACGCUGAAGGCAGUUUUGAAAUCGUAGAUACCAUUGGGCAGUCUGUAGAAGGACAAGUAUCGGUAGCAUCAGAACCAGCACCUCCUCCACCAGUUAAGGAGGAACCUGAAAAGAUUAAAAAGUGGAGGGAAGAACAAAAAGCACGUCUUGAAGAAAAAGAUACAGAAGAAGAGAAAAAGAAAGAGGAAUGGAGAGAAGCUGCAAAGAAAGAAUUAGAAGAAUGGUAUAGGCAUCAUGCAGAAGCUAUUAAUAAAACGAAGACUACUAACAGGGAGUCAGCCAAGAAUGCGGAAAAGCAAUUUGUCGCCGAGGCAGAUGAGGUUGAACCAGGCACUGAGUGGGAGCGCAUCGCCAAACUUUGCGAAUUCAAUCCAAAAUCGUCCCGCACUUCCAAGGACGUUUCCCGGAUGCGUUCGAUCAUUUUGCAAUUAAAACAGACACCGCCCACUCCCAUUAACGCUUGAUUACAUUAAACAAGUUAUCGUCGCAAUUAAAUCUUGAGAAUAUAAAUUACAAUAAACAAGAAAAACUAUGAUUAAAAAAUGAUAUAAUGUACGUCGUGAUUACGACAAUAUUAACAAAAGCAAAAUUCA